CUGAUGGAAAACUACACAUUCAAUAGCCUCACACUCCAGCUGGAGGGCUUUAAUGUCCCACAGGACUCCGUCUACCCGCUCUUUAUCUUCUUCUUCAUCUCCUAUCUGUUCAUAAUGUUUGCAAAUGUUGGCAUUGUUGUGCUGGUUUUCACUGACAAAAACCUGCACCAGCCCAUGUACCUGCUUUUUUGCAAUCUGCCAUUUAAUGACAUACUUGGAAACUCCAUCAUGGUGCCACGUCUGCUCAUAGACAUGCUGCGUCCUCCCUCUGAACGUCUUAUCAGUUAUUAUGAGUGUGUGGUUCAAGCUUUCACUUCACACAUGUUCGGUACUGCCAGUCUCACUGUGCUCAUGAUUAUGGCCUUUGACAGAUAUGUGGCCAUCUGUAAUCCUUUACGCUACGCUGCCAUAAUGACCAACAAAAUGGUGGUCAAGCUGACGGCUUCUGCCUGGGGAGUGGCCUUUGUUUUGGUCGGGAUUCUGCUCGGUCUGACCAUCAGGCUGAACAGAUGCAGGACUAUGAUCAGAAGCCCCUACUGUGACAAUGCGUCACUGUUUAAACUCUCCUGUGAGAGCGUCUUCAUUAACAAUGUCUAUGGCCUCACGUUCACGGUGAUCCUGUUCACAGCUUCUAUAGGCAGCACAGUUCUCACCUACACUCAGAUCACUGUGGUCUGUCUGACCAGUAAGAGCAAGUCUCUGAACAGUAAAGCCUUACAGACCUGCAGCACUCACCUGGUUGUGUAUCUGAUAAUGAUGUUCAGUGGAAUGUCCAUUAUUGCUCUGCACCGUUUCCCUCAGUACACAGACUACAGAAAACUCUCAAGCAUUUUGUUUCAUAUCGUCCCCGGCAGCCUCAACCCUGUCAUUUACGGAGUGCAGUCCAAAGAAAUAAAAAAGUUUUUGUUAAAAUUGUUUACCCUCGAAAAAGAUAAAACAGUAGAUUAG